CUGACCCGGGUCCUCCAGCCCGCGAGCGGCGCUGUGCCUGGGUCCUCCAGCCCGCCAGCGGCGCCGAGGCGGGUCCUGCGGCCUUGCACAUGGAGACCGCGGGCCCGGAGUCCGGCCUCCGGCUGGUGAGCUGGAACGUGAACGGGAUCCGGGCCCGCGGGAAGCAACUGCGGCCCACGCUGCUGAGUCUGGGCGCCCACAUUAUCUGCCUGCAGGAGACCCGAGUGAGCCGAGACCUGCUGGAGGAGGACGUGGCCAUCCUCGAGGGCUUUAACUCCUACUUCAGCCACAGCCGCACACGCACUGGCUACUCAGGUGUGGCCACCUACUGCACGGAUGAUGUUGCCCCAUUUGCGGCAGAGGAGGGUCUUUCGGGGGUGCUCUCCGGGAGUGGAGCCCCUUUUCCCUUGGGGCUGACCGACCAGUUCUCUGACCAGGAGCUCCGACAGCUGGACAGUGAGGGCCGGGCCCUCAUCACUAAACACCGCCUACGGCUGUCGGAGGAGGGGGAGAGGACUCUUGCUGUGAUCAACGUUUACGUCCCCCGGGCCGACCCCGACAACCAGCAGCGCCUCCAGUUCAAACUGCGUUUCUGCCAACUGCUGCAGGCCAGGGCCGAGGCCCUGCUUCGGGAUGGAGAGAUUGUGCUUGUACUCGGAGACCUGAACAUCUCUCAUCGGCCCAUUGACCACUGCCAGCCCGGAGACCUGGACGAGUUCGCAGCCCAGCCGGGGCGAAGGUGGUUGGAUGGGUUCGUGUGCCAGGAGGAAGGGACAGGAGGCAGGCUCUUCAUCGACACCUUCCGGCUCUUCCACCCCGGCCGGCUGGAGGCCUACAGCUGCUGGCAGACCAGCACGGGCGCCCGGGAGACCAACUAUGGCACACGCAUCGACUACGUCCUGGCUGGCGGCCCCCAGGCCCGGCGCUGGUUGGGGGGCUGCGACCUGCUGACCGAGGUGCAGGGCUCGGACCACUGCCCCGUGCGGGCCUGGCUCAGGGCCCGCUGCCUGCCCGCAGCCGGCCUGCCCCCGCUCUGCACCAAGCACCUGCCAGAGUUUGCCGGGGUCCAGCAGACCCUCUCCCGUUUCCUGGUCGCCCUGCCCCGUCCUGACCAUGGUCCACCCUCCCCGCUGGCUUCUGGGGAGGAGGGGGCAGUGUUUCGGCUGGGAGCCGGGGCCAACUCUCACCCAAAUGAAGGAGCCAAGUCUGGCCAAGGGGCAGGAGCGGGGGCCAAGCCCAGGCCAGCGAUAGGUGGGAGAAGGGGGAAGAAGGUCAAUGGACGCCCCUGCCCAUCUGGGAACCUGCUGGCCUACUUCAAGCCGGCAGAUGGUGAGGGUGCCGGCUCCCGAUCCGUGAGCCCCCUGCCCUCCUCCUCCCCGACUGGGGCCUCGGAGGGGGUGGCACCACCCCCUGCUGACUUCUGGAAGGGGCUGCUGAGGGGGAGGCCCCCGCCCCCAGCCUGCCCCGGCCACGGCGAGCCCUGUGUCCUGCGCACAGUCAAGAAGGCUGGCCCCAACCGCGGGAGGGGCUUCUACUCCUGCCGCCGCCCCCCCGGACCACCCCACAACCCCGCCUCCCGCUGCGGAUUCUUCCGCUGGGCCGACUCCAGCGGGUGAAGGGGAGGGGAGUGAGUCUGGGACCGAGGAGCGACCUCCACAGAGGCAGAACGACCCCACACGCACACACACGGAUUUUGUACACGACUUUUGUUUAUUUAAAUUUUGUAUAAAAGUUACAAAUAAACCUCAGUGGGAGCAAACA